AGAUGCACACAGGCGAGCCACUUUUUCCAGGUCAUUCUGAGUUUGAUCAGAUGAUGAAAAUUGUUGAGGUUCAAGGCAUUCCACCACCUCAUAUUCUUGCAGCAGGUACCAAAAGCUCCAAAUUUUUUGAGGUGGACGAACUUGGACAAUGGCACUGCAAAAAAUCGCGUGUAACUAAAGCCUACAAAGCACCAGGAUCCCGUCGCCUGUCCGAUAUACUAGGUAUGAACAAUAAUAGUACUGGUCCAUUUUCACGACUCGGUGAAGGGCAUGGUCAUAUGUUGGAAGACUAUAUGAAGUUCAAGGAUCUUGUCAAUAGGAUGCUGGAUUUUGAUCCACAAAAACGAAUUUCACCGUACUUUGCUGUAAGACACCCGUUCUUGCGGAAGACUGCACCAGAAGAGCAACAAUCAAAUUCUGCAAACGUUGCUUAUCAUUCUCAUUCAAAUGUGCCUAUGUCGCUACAAGCGCCAGGCUCAGAUUUCGUAAGUCGACCCACAUAG